AUGUCAGAGAUACUUGACCUCUCUUUUCUGUCUGAGGUGGAGAGGGAUUUGAUCCUCAGUGUUCUACAACGAGAUGAGGAGCUCCGGAAAGCAGAUGAGAAAAGGAUCAGGCGACUGAAGAAUGAGCUACUGGAGAUAAAAAGGAAAGGGGCCAAGAGGGGCAGUCAACACUAUAGUGAUCGGACCUGUGCCCGGUGCCAGGAGAGCCUGGGCCGUUUAACUCCCAAGACCAACACCUGUCGCGGUUGUAAUCACCUGGUGUGUCGGGACUGCCGCAUCCAGGAAAGUAAUGGUACCUGGAGGUGCAAGGUGUGCACCAAGGAAAUAGAGCUGAAGAAGGCAACUGGAGACUGGUUUUAUGACCAGAAAGUGAAUCGCUUUGCUUACCACACAGGCAGUGAGAUAAUUAGGAUGUCCCUGCGCCGCAAGCCUACAGUGAAUAAAAGAGAGACACUGGGACAGUCCCUUCUUCCUCAGUCACAGAUGGAUGAUAUCUGGCCAGGAAGAAGGAUCAUUCAGGAGCAACAGAAGGAACCCAGUGUGCUGUUUGAAGUGCCCAAGCCAAAAAGCGUAAGGAGUGCACUGGAGGCCGAGAGUGAAAGUCUGGAUAGCUACACAGCUGACUCGGAUAGCCUGACAAGGAGAGACUCUCUGGAUAAAUCUGGCCUCUUUCCGGAGUGGAAGAAGAUGUCUGCCCCUGCAUCUCAAGUGGAAAAGGAAACUCAGCCUGGGGCUCAAAACAUGGUAUCUAUUGAUGAGGGUGAAAUGAUAUUUAAGAAGAACACCAGAAAAAUCCUCAGGCCUUCAGAAUAUACUAAAUCUGUGAUUGAUCUUCGCCCGGAAGAUGUGGGACAUGAAAAUGGCUCCUUGGGAGACAGAAGCAAAUCUGUCCCAGGCCUCAGUGUAGAUAUGGAAGAGGAAGAGGAAGAAGAAGACAUUGACCAUCUGGUGAAGCUGCAUCGCCAGAAGCUAGCCAGAAGCAGCAUGCGAAGUGGUUCCUCCAUGAGUACAAUUGGCAGCAUGACGAGCAUCUAUAGUGAAGCUGGCGACUUCGGCAACAUCUUUGUGACGGGCAAGAUUGCCUUUUCCCUGAAGUAUGAGCAGCAAACACAGACUCUGGUCAUCCAUGUGAAGGAGUGCCACCAGCUGGCCUAUGCGGAUGAAGCUAAGAAGCGCUCUAACCCAUAUGUGAAGACUUAUCUUCUGCCUGACAAGUCCCGCCAAGGAAAAAGAAAAACCAGCAUCAAGAGGGACACCAUCAAUCCACUGUAUGAUGAGACCCUCAGAUAUGAGAUCCCAGAAUCUCUUCUGGCCCAGAGGACUUUGCAGUUCUCAGUUUGGCAUCAUGGUCGUUUUGGCAGAAACACUUUCCUUGGAGAGGCAGAGGUCCAGAUGGAUUCCUGGAAGCUUGACAAGAAACUGGAUCAUUGCCUCCCUUUACACGGAAAGAUCACUGCUGAGUCCCUGACUUGCUUGCCAUCACACAAAGGCGAGUUGGUGGUUUCAUUGAAAUACAUCCCAGCCUCCAAACUCCCUGUUGGAGGUGACCGGAAAAAGAGUAAAGGUGGGGAAGGGGGAGAGCUCCAGGUGUGGAUCAAAGAAGCCAAGAACCUGACGGCUGCCAAAUCAGGAGGGACUUCAGACAGCUUUGUCAAGGGAUAUCUCCUUCCCAUGAGGAACAAGGCCAAUAAGCGUAAAACUCCCGUGAUGAAGAAGACCCUGAAUCCCCACUACAACCACACAUUUGUCUACAAUGGUGUGAGGCUGGAAGAUCUGCAACACAUGUGCCUGGAACUGACUGUGUGGGACCGGGAGCCUCUGGCCAGCAAUGACUUCCUGGGUGGGGUCAGGCUGGGUGUUGGCACUGGGAUCAGUAAUGGGGAAGUGGUGGACUGGAUGGACUCGACUGGGGAAGAAGUGAGCCUGUGGCAGAAGAUGCGACAGUACCCAGGGUCGUGGGCAGAAGGGACUCUGCAGUUGCGUUCCUCGAUGGCCAAACAGAAGCUGGGCCUAUGAGUCCCCGUCCUUCUCUGCAGGUCCAGCCCUGUCCAGGGCAAGUCAGAGGACAUGAAGAAACCAAGAGCAAAGAUUUAUAAUGUGUGUGUGUGUAUGUUUGUGUGUUAUGUAUGUGUGUGUAUGUAUAAACACGUAUUUCUACAAUUCUCAUUAUGCUAGAGUCAUGCAGACUCUUUCCCUUUCCUAAAGUAGGCUCAAGAGUAAGGGUCUGUUCCAAAUGUUUUUAUUUGUGCUUCAUCUAGUAUAUUUCCAGAGUCCAUGCGUAUAUCCUUAUGAUCUUUAAUUAACUUAAAAUCUUU